AUGACGCUUUUCGGCGGCGGCGGAGGGCCCUCAGGGGCCUCUCCUGGUCCCAACGCCCUCUUUGGAGCAACAGCCUCAGGCACGUCCUCGGGGCUCUCUGGAGCCUCCUCUUCCUCUCUCUUUGGCGCAGGAGGCUCCUCGUUGUUCAGCGGCGGAUCCUCUUCAGUUUCCGGCGCUGGAUUGACUGAUAAGCCUGCGCAGGCGCAUGGAAGUUUGUUUGGAAGCGGAACUUCCGGCUCUUCUUCGUCCUCUCUGUUCGGAAGUGGAGGCGCGACGGAGAAGCCCGCUGGCCUCUUUGGAAGUGCUGCGUCUCCUGCUUCGUCUUCUCUCUUCUCCGGUGGUGCAGCGGCUACAACAACAUCCGGCAUGUUUGGCGGAAUUGCUUCCACUUCAUCUUCCUCCUCUUCCUCUUCCUCCACUUCCUCUUCCUCCACUUCAUCUUCCUCCUCUUCAUCUUCCUCGUCUUCAUCUUCAUCUGUUUCGCCUUCGUGUUUUUCUUCAUCUUCCUCUGCCUCAUCUUCCUCAUCAUCUUCCUCUUCAUCUUCAUCUUCCUCAUCAUCUUCCUCUUCAUCUUCCUCUUCAUCUUCUUCAUCUUCCUCGCUUUUCGGCGGUGGCGUAGGGCCGACUGGAGUUGCGUCUGGUGCAGGUUCUUCUCUUCCGGCUUCUUCCUCUUCUCUCUUUGGAGCGGGGCAAAGCAAGGCACCGGAGGCGCGGUCGUCUCUCGUUUCGUCCCCGUCCUUCGCUCCCUCUGCGGCUGUCUCGAGCAAGUCAUCUGCUUCACCGCCCGUUCUCCCCCCCUCUGGGUCGGCCACCUCGACUGCCGCCUUGGCUGCGGGAUCUUCUCCCGAAAUUCGAAAGUGUCUCGUCAGCUACAUGCACCUCAAAUCAGUUCUGAUUUCGCUCUCGCUCUCGGACUCUCCAGCCCAAGUCGAAGAGCUCUUUUCCUCGCCGCAACUCCUGCAGCGCUUCGCCUCGCUCCUCUCACCCUUUGACCCUUCCGUGGACCGCGCCCUUCCCCAGAAUAUCUCAGCCGAUCUGCAUGCGGCCAUCUCGGCUGUUCGAAGGCAGUUCGCCCAGAGGGCUGCGCGCCAGAAUUCCGUUCCCGGUUCGGCGGCCCCGGCGGAGGUUGCGCGAGACGGCUGGUUGGUGCCGUCUGAAGCGAUGAUCUAUGAGGCUCUGUCUGUGUACCUUUUGCGCAAGUUCAACAAGCAGCAACAGCUUCUUUCGCCGCGGUUUUCAGCCCCGUUUCUCCAGGAGGCCGUCGACUCCGAGGAUCCCGUCACGAUGCGCGAAGUGGAGGACAUCCUCAUCGACGAACAAGUCGACUUCUUCUGGUGUCUCGGCUUCAUCUUCCGCACUGCGGCGUCCGCGUCGCAGUCAGCCCCGGCCGGCGACACACGCCAGGGACAGAAGAGCGAGAAAAGCGACAGCCAGUCAGGCCAAACACAGGAAUCACUUUGCUCUUCCUCGCUCGAGAAGGCUUGUUUCACGUUCGCGUGUCGCUUGGUGCGCGAGAAGAACAUCGAGGAAGGCCUCUACCGGACCUACGAAGACUUGAGUCGGCGCUUCGACGGGCGAAAAGCGGCGGAGCUCAGAGCGCGCGGGGCGUCGAACCCGGAAAACCUGAAACGCGAGGCCUCGCACUCUUCCAGCUCACCCCUCCAGAGGGCGGCUGAGGAGCCUGAGACCGUGAAGGCUUUGGCAGCGACUCUGCGCAUCCAGAAGGCGCUUCUCGUCUGUUUCGCGGCGUUCUAUCGCGCCCAAAACGUCCUCGAGGCGUGCGCGGGAGACCGGACCGUCUCGGCCGGCACACUCCACCGCCUCGCGUCCAUGGUGACAGACGACUCGUUUGUCGGCGCUCUGGCGGCGAGCAGCAGCGAAGAUCGCCGCCUGCUGCACAGCUCGCGUCUUCUUCUCGCCGGCCAAGAGGUGGCUGAUGCCUCGGCGCUUCUUCUGGUGGCGGCGUAUCCGUUCGCGCCGUUUCGAGGCGGGCGGCGGGACGGAAGCCUCGAGACGAGCAACGCGUCCCGCGAGAAGAUCCUUGCGCAGCUCGGCUCCGCUGACCACUUUGCUGCUCUCCAUCGCGGUGUCAUGACGCCUCUCUUGAACGCCUUCAAGCAGCACCUCGAGUGUGACGGCGGUGACAGUUCCGACCUUCUCGCCCUUUCUUUCGCCGACCUCGAUCCGGCGCGCGAGUCGUCACAGGCCACGGAGAGUGGAGACAAGGUCGAGAACCGAGGCGCCGGAUACGCGAGUGCAGCGGGGUAUCCCGACGCGCUGUAUGACCAGUUCAUUGCCCACCCGAGCGUUGUGCCUCUCGUUCUCUUUGCGCAUGCAACGGCCCUCGCGCUCCUCAACAGCCACCAGCGCAGCGACGGCUCGCUCUCUCCCGCGUCCUUCUCCUCCGCCUCGGGGAAAACUGCGAAAGACUGCGCCCUGAGUGAGACUGAAGUCAAUGCGUUUCUCCAGCCUCUCCUGCUGUGUGGAGGGCCGUCGUUUGCGGCCGCGCUGGAGGCGCUUGUCAUUGUCCGCGACGGCCUUCGCCAAGCCGGCUCGGCUGCGGCCGCCGCAGACCCCCUUCUGAGCAUGCAGCGGGAGAUUCUUCUCGAGUUCGUGCAUCUGCUGCUUCUCCACCUUCCCCUCCACCAUUUUCAGGGCUUCGAGCCUCUCGUCCAUGCUCUCUCCGGCCUCGUCGACAGUCCCGGUAUCUCUGAGGAUCUCUGGCUCCGCUUCGCUCCUCGCUCCCGCGCCUUCUUGUUCUCUCCUUCCUCGACUGCGGCCUCGGCAGCGGACCUCGCUCGCCUGCCUCUCCCAGGAGACGCCAGCGAAGGCGACCAAGCGGCCUCGCUGUCUCUUCGAGGGCCUGCCUGCUCGACGUGCGGCGUGUGGGGCGACUUUGUCAGUUCCCUUCAGCGCGAGACGCGCCUCGCUCAGGGCGGGUGCGACUCGCGGCUCGCUUCCUGCCCUCGCUACGGUGGCCUGUACGUCUUGAUCGACCUCCUGCGAUGUGUCACUUUCCCCUUUGGUCUCCACCUCCUGCUUCAACUGGUGUCCGCCCUCGUCCCGCGCGCCCCCGCCUCGCGAGUCGUGGAGAAGGCCUCGGACGCGCAGGCCGAGGAAGCGAGUGAAGAAGACGAAGUUGUCGUCGACGCGACCUCUCUCGCGGCGUUCCUCGCUUUCCUCACGGAGCCGCUCCCUGGCAUGCUUCUCCCUGCGAUGCCCGAAUUCUUCUUGCCGACCAGUGACGCACCCUGUCCGUCUUCCACCUCCGCAGAACAUGUCUCCCCCCUCGAGAGCCUCGAGAGCAAAGAGCGGGCCUUCCAAAGGGGCGACGGCCUGCCGUCGCGCUCAGCGUCCGCCCCGUGCAGCGUGCCCUCGCCCCUCAGGUGUACGUACACCUCAGUCGGGCCAGUGCCACUGGAACUGUGUCUUGGCACGAUGCUCGGCUUCCAGGAGCCACUCGAGAACGGGGAAGCGAACGACCGACAGCGCAGGCAGACGUUCUUCGAUGCGUCCGCUGUGAGCGGCGGAGCCGAGUUCUGGUCGCUGCUGCCGCGCGGCGUGUCAGCUCAAGUGCAAGGCCUGCCGGUGUGGCGCCUGACCAGCGCCGCUGCGGCUGCAUGCGCGUCGACCGCGGCGGCUGUCCGCUUGCAGUUUGAACGCGAGGGAGCAAAACGAGAAGACUCGCGAAACGCGCCGAACGCGUCCUUCUUGGCGAACGCCUCCCGGCCUCCGUGCCUCGAGGGCGAAGGCUGGUGGGGUGUCUCUACAGACGGGGCUCGAGCGCAGCCUGCCUUGCGCGCCGGCGACCCCCGACGCAGCGCGGUUUCCCGCUUCGGCAGCUUCGCCUCGUGUGCCUCAGCCUCGUCGUGCGGGCCUCAACCGUCGGGCCUUUCACCGCAAGGCGAGGGCUCCUCCGACGACGCCAGCGCCUUCAUGCUCCUCCACGCCCUUCGCGUGCCGCUGGGGGGCGCGGGAGACACCGAAGAGAUAGAAGGAACUGAGAAGCGAGAAGGGACAGAUCGCGCAGACACGCAAGAGCUGCCCUCUCUCUCCCUCUUGAGGACUGCAUGGUUUGUCCUCGAUGCCGGCCUCCAGUUCCUCAGUCAAACAGGCAAACCCUUGCCGGAGGCGGCAGUCAGGGCCUUCAUCGCGGCCAGCGCGUUGUUCUGCCGUCUAGCAGCCUGGCCACCCGCCAUGCGCCUCGUCGCAGAACUCGUGAUUGCCGAAGACGUUUACGGCCUCAGCGGCCCAUCUGCCGCCUUCGCCGUCAACGCAGCGACCGUGGCUGCCUCCAGCAGCGUCCGAGAGAUCCUCGCGCUCUUCCCGCGGAAAGACGUGAGCCUGAAGACCAGCAAACCUGCAUGCGCCGGCCGCCGAGAGAACGCCGCGCCCGAGGCGGGAGGCCGAGCAGCGCGGGAGACGCCUCCCUCUCCCGCCUUCGACGCGUUCGACACCAAAAGCAACGCUGCCGUCGCGCCGUUCGCUCUCAUGCCGCGUCUCUUCGCGCUCGCCUGCCUCGCAGCGCAACAGCAACAGCUGAGAUGCAUCCUUCCAGAGGUCCUCACAGGGCUGAGGUGUUGUUUGACGCCCUGUUCUCUGCAGAAUAUUUUCCAUGUUUUCCGCGUUUUGUGGCCGGGGCACGGCGACGCGCUGACAGGGGCGUCUUGCGUGUCUGUGUGUCGCUCUCUAUUUUCUCGCGCGGCUUCGCCUCCGGAUGGGCCUCGUCGCGACACUCCGCUGGCCUGCCGCCUGCCGCCGGUUCUUCUUCAGCCGCAGUCGUCGGACCUUCUCUCGGUUGAUUUGUCUUCUCCCCCAGAGUCUGUGCACUCCUACUGGCAGUUGCUGAUGCUUAUCGCAGUGGGUUCGCGCAGGCGUCUGGACGUGGCGACAGACGAGGCGGCUCAGUUCCUGCGGCGUUCCGCUGCGUUUCGGCGCAUUUUCUCUGCCUCCUUUGCGUCGCUUUCUCUGCCUGCGUCCUCUGCGCGUUUCACGCCCGAGUUCUUCUCCCCGCCGUUCCUCGAUGCCUCUCUCUCUGCCUGGGAAACCCGCAGGGACGCGGGAGACAGAGGAGACACCGACCAACGAGAGGGGGCGUUCCUGUCUCCGUUUUCCCUGCGGAGGUUUCUCCACAUUCUCGGCGAGGUCAUGGAAGAAGAAAAGAGCGUCGGCACGUACCCCGUUCUGAAGAGCACACUCCUGUUGCUUCUCGGCCUCCUGCAGCUCUGCCCGCCAACCGCACUGACUCUGUCUUGGCAACAGCACGCAGCGUUGAGUGCGGCGACUGUCACAGAGAGUGCACGGGAGAUUGUGCUUCGCGAGCGAGAGAGAACCCGUCGCGAGGGAGAAGACGCACUCGAGCAGGAAGAACACCCAAUGUUCCUCGCCUUCCUCGCGCCUUUCCGUGAACUCGCGCGCAUGCAGUUCGGCGGCCCCCAGGAGGCCCAAGACAGCGGGCUGAGCGUUCGCGACGCAGCCGACCCAGAGACCUGUGGACGAACCCUCGAAGAGAGCCACUGGGUGCUGUUUCCCACGCCGCGUGCCCUCAGGCCCGGAGACCGUCUCUUCAGGGGAACAGGGGACAGAGAGACAAGCCGUGUGGGGCCUUCGGGGGCCGGAGGCGAUGUCCCCUCGGAGCGGACGCGCGAGGAUCUCGCCUUCCUGGAUGCGUGCGCAGCGUCGCCGAGCCUCGGGGCCUUCCUCGAGCGUCGGCAACUCGCGCAGCUGGAAGAGCAGAGAGACACUUUCGGGGCUCUCUGCGAAUUCCUCUUCGGCUUCGUGUGGACGCGCCUCGCGGGGUGCACCUUCCAGCACUUUGCCCACCGCGCGGAAAUCGUCGAGAUCCUCCUCGCCACCACCACGGAGACACUCAGUCUCCUCCAGGGCGCGAAUCGCCUGCCGGUCGCGGGCGAGGAGACAGACGGCGGGGCGCGCGACGCAGAUCGCUGCGCGGAGUGCGCCGGCGCGGGCCGGCCGAAGAAGAGUCGCGGCAGAGACGGCGAUGGAGACGAAAGAUGGUCAGAGGCCCUUUCAACCUCUGAGCGAGAGAACGAGAGAGAACCGGAACUCGCCCACAGAGACCCAGACGCGCCAGGCGCCAUCAAGGCGACUCUGACUCGCGGGGGGGGCUCCUGGGCGUUCACCGCCGCCGAGGCACAGCCUCCCCACACUCGGUUGAAAGACGAAAGAAGCAACAGACUACAAGUUCUCUUCUGGGACAAACACGCAGGCGUCUUCGCCAAACGCGCUGCCACUCUCGCCGUAUACGGCCACGUCGAGUUGACGAAUCGGCUUUUGGAGCAGCUUUCUGCUUCAAACUUUCUUUCGUCUCUCGCCGCGCUUCUUCGCUGCGAUUUCCUCGUGGAGCUGUGUCCGCCAUACGCGCGCAGCCAGCUUCCCUCGGCGAGUUCUCCCUUUCUCUUCACCUUCGUCAAUUCUCUCCUCCUGUCGAUGGCCUCGCUCGACUUCCACUCUCUCUCUUCGACGGCGUGGAUCACCCCUUUGGCGGCGACCCUGCUGAGCGCGCCGCCUCUGCACCCUGCUCGGCCUUUGCUGCCUCGUUCGUCUCCCGCGUCUUCGUUUUCUCCUGCGUCUUCGCUUCUACUCCUUCCUCCUCGAGGCGGCUGCGCUUCGAACGACUCAAGCGCCCGAAUCCGUCGAUGCUGCGCAUUCUGUUCCUCCGUCUCUUCCUUUUCCUUCUCGUCUGUCUCUCCGGCCUUCCCCCUCGAACCGCUGCCCGCCGAUGUGGCUUCGCGAGACGCGGCUGGCGGGGUCUGCUUCCCGACCGUGGUGGUGCUUUCCUCGCCUUGUUCUUCCUCCUCCGCGCUGCCGUCUGAGGCGUACUCUCCCGCCUCGUCUCUGGGCCGAUGGAGCACGCACUGGGUCGGCUGUGCGCUCCGCGAAAACGUCCCGCUCUGUCUGUCGGCUUCCGGCUCCGCGGCGCUGGCGACCUUCCUCGCGUUUCAAGCCUCUCAGGCGUCGUCGCUCGUCCUCGACGCCGUCCCCGUCCUCCUCCCCGCGGAGGCUGCUCUGUGCGCGUCGGCCGUGACGAGUCCGAACACGGAUCGUUCACAGAACAUUCUCUGCCUCGUUGCACAGGCGUUUCUUCACCUCUUUCUCGCGACGGCGGCCUCGCCCACGGGGGCUGCUCUCGGCGCAGGCGAGGCCGCGGGCGCCUGUGGGGCGUCCGCGGACCUCGGCGGGCUGGGGGCGCCGCGAGAUGCGGAGACAGCGAGCAGGAAGCGAAAGGGAGGCCCAGUGCCUGCCGCUGCGCCCGGCCCACUCCUCUCGCGUCUUCAGAGCCAGCUGAGCAAGCUGGCGUUCUCGCCGGCAGCAACUCUGCCGGAAGACUUUGGCAUCUCCUCGUCGCCGCUGUGGCCUUGCGUUCCGGACCUCCUGCCGUCGUACCCUGGAGACGUCCUCGCCGCCCUGCAAGACCAGGAGGCGUUUCUCCUCUUGGCGGACCACGGCUGCCUGUCUGCCUCUGGGGUGUCUCCAGGGCUCUGCCGCGGUGGGGGGGGCCCAAGCGCCCGGACGAAGGCGCGCGCACCUGCCAACUUUGUCCAGUCCGUCUUUGCGCUCCUCGAAGCCUCGUCGCGGCUCAAGGUAGUCGCGGCGUCGCUCCUGAACCUCCUCACUGUGGCGUCUCUCGGGCUCCAGAGGGGCCGCGGAGACACAGAGACAGGCGGCCGCGCCGCGGACGGUUUCGCGGGCGAAGGCCUCGGGCGCGGCGCAGGCCUCGGGCGCGAUGGGGCGCCUGCCUUCUCCCGCUUCUCCACGUCUUCGCCAUUCUCCGUCUGCCUCACGUUUGCUCCGAGCGAGAUCCAGAACUUGCUGGAGAGGUGGACGGCGGCUGCGCGCACAGGCACGGAUGCUGGCGAGAAAGCUUCCGAGAAGGACAAGAGCCAGGGCGCCAGUCCGCGGCGGAGCCAGCUGCGAUUCGUCGACCUGCUCGUCCCCAGCGGUGUGCUGAGCAAAGGCCUGAGAGAUCUGUACGCCAAAGAGCCCAUGAAGGAGUAUCGCCUUCUUCUGGCGCAGCUGCUCCUUCUGCUGCUCUCGGGGUCCGCGCAGGCGGACGGCCCGCCGGCGCUCCAGCACGACCUCAUUUUCAUCGGCGGGGGUGGCGGCCUGCUGGACGAAGAGGCGACCGAAGAGCCGCUCCUCUGGACGUCGGUGAAUUUUGCGCAGCAAGUGCUUCUCGAUGUUCUCGAGUCUGCUGACGCGCCCAUAGAGGACAGGGCGGCGGGGUCGGAACCGAAGAAGGGUCGGGGCAGGGGGGCUGCACCAACUCGCGUGGCGUCGCUGGGCGACCUGAAACUCUUGCGGAUCGCUCUGCUGCUCCUCGAACAACUCUGCUUUUCUUCCGGCGCCCAGGCGGUCCAUCUGCAACUCCUCCAGCAGACGGUGUUGGGAGUGAGAACAAUGGCGUCUCUCGUCCGCGGCCGAAGAAAGAACGACGUGCAGAGCGCCGGGGGCGACGACUGUCUCGGCGCUGCCGCGCUCUGGGGAGGAAAGAGCCUUCCAGGGAAAAAGCCCGAAGACACGAGCCUGGGAGGGUGGAAGCUGCUGAAUCGCGUGGCCCGCAUGCUGCUCGCCACCUGGCAGAAAGUCGACUGGGCUCGGGCGCGCCUCUGGUUGAACACGACGCCGGUUCCAAACGGUUCGGAGAGUCCAGAGAGAGGAGCCUGCCACGCGCCAGACUCGGACGGGGUUCUUCUGCCCUUCGCAGCUGCCGACUUGCCUUCGCUCGACCCCUGCGGCCCGACGCUCUUCUCUCGGCUGAUUUCUAGCGCCGGCUUCGACGCCCCGCUGUACUCCUCGCUGGGGUCUUCGGCCGCUGCCUGUCCGGCGGCCUUCUCGCGGCGCGCCAGCGGCCUGCGCCCCACAAGCUCCGCCCCAGGCAGAGACAGUGUGAAGAAGAGUGUGGGGAAGGGCUGCGCAGAGGCCGCGGCGGGCGUCGCCGAUCGAGCAGGCGACGAGGCGUCGGCCUGCACGCCGGGGGCCUUCUCGAGAUCCUCGUCGUCGUUCUUCCCCAGAGGCGGCGUCGCGGAGCUAGCGAGUGGCGACAAAGGGCCAGGGGGGACAGCCUCGUGGGGACUCGGCGACGAAGAAGAAGACGAACUCGGCUUCGUCGCCAGUCUCGCAGCGAUCGAGCUGUGUGGGGCUUUCCAGGCACUUCUGCGGAUUCUCGUCUCCCAGCUGCGUGCGCUGCCUCUCGCGCUUCGCGUGCAAGGGAAGCGCGACGCGAGCUCCCCUGACAAGAAGGCCUCAGCGUCGAUUGCCCAUCUUUUCGUUACGCAGGCGCCGUGCGUCGGCGACUACCGGGACUUCUUCAACUUGUUCUCUUUCCUCUCUUCCGACCCGAGCCUCCUCGCUGCGUUUUUCCCCUCGAAAUUCCACAAGGCGCCGGCGCCCCACACCCCCUCUCGCUCUCUCGGCCUCGCGCCGCUGCCUUCCACGCAACGGAGCCUCGUCCGGCUUCUUCUCUGGCUUCGCUCGCGGGCCAUCUCGCCGGCCUAUCUCCAGCAGGCCCAGCCGGGGUCGGCAGCGUCUUCCUUUUCUCUCGUGCCUCUCCCUGGGAGCGGCGACUCGGCCUGCGUGGUCUCUGCCUCGCCCAGUUCGUCCAGCUCCUCACCUAGCUGCUCUUCCUUCCCUACUCAGUCUGGUUGCAUGCGCGGCCUUCCGCGGCGCUGUACGCAGCCGGCGCCGGGUGGGGGGACGAACUUGGAGGGGUUCGCGGACUUUUGGGCCCGCCGCCGACUCCUCAGGGCGGCGCUCGAAGAAGGCGUCGGCGGAGAAGGCUGCGCAGUCCUCCAGGAGCUGGCAUCGAGUGGCGAGUUGUCGGGAGAGACGGGAGGGUGGCGAAGCUCCGCAGACCCUGUCUUCUCGCCGCUCCUCUCCGUCUCUUUGGUCCGCGCUUGCGGAGUGCUGAGCAGUCCGGAGCAGUACGGCCCCGGCUUCAUCUUUGACCGGCGAAGCCUCGUGCUGCUCGCCACCCACGUCACGCUUCAGGCCGUCCCCCUGUGUCGCCCCUUUUCUUCUCUGGAGAGAGCAAAGAGGAAACGAGGCGCGUCGCCUGACGGUCGAUCUCGGAGAAAAAGCGACAGGCAAGUGGAGAUGUACAGGCCGACGCCCUGGGGACGGGACGCAGACCCGUUCGGCAACUCCCACGAAGGGCGAGACCGACCGGACGCGUGGGGGACAAAGGUCGGAGACACUUGCGAGGGAAGUAAGGAGACAGCCGGAAGCAGAGGCGACGGUGGAAACUCGUGGGAGUCCGUUUCCGGAUCGCUGGUGAGUGAGGCCUGGGCCGCAGGCGUGUUUGCGUGCCGCGUGGGAGUCGGCGAAUCCCUCGCAGACGCUCAACUCUCGCUGCUCGCCGCCUUCCUCCAGCUGUUGUGCGUGAGCAGGGAACGCAGCGUCUUCCCCCUGUACUUACUCCCAGAGAAGAAAGUGGACGGCGACGCGUCCGAUGAAAAUGUGCGAAACUUGCUGGAGGGCGAAACCGACCGAGAGGCGUCGCCUGGCUUGGCGUCGCGGCUGAAGGCUCCAGAGUCGACCGUCUCCUCUCCUUUGAGUGGCGUCGAGCCCCCGUUCCAAGCGGCGAUCUUCCCGGUCCUCUCGACCCUCGUGGAAAUCUGUGAACGCGAGGCGUCUGUCGCCGACGCUUCCUUCGGGGUCAUCUUCUUCAGAAGCGAGUUCUUCCGCCUGCUUCUCGCUCUCGCGCUGCAGCUGGUGACGUGCAACUGGACGACAGACGUUCGCACAGCUUCCUCGCCGCCUUCUCGCUGCUUCUUCCGGUCGGCCCAGUUCGGAACGUCCUCGCUCGGCCCGGCAUCCGACAAAAACGAGCAGAACUCUCUUCCUUCCUCGCGCCCCGCCCUGUCCGCGGCUCUGCCGUUGAGCGCAGGAGGCAACCCCUCGCCGCUGCGUCAUCCCGAAGAGAUCGACGAUUCGUGCUCGCAACGCGGCAGCGUGACGCCUUCGCGCCGAGGCGGCGAGCUGCUCGUUUCCUUCGCGCUCUCGCGCGACUCCGCCCUCGCCUCCGGGGCCGACGACGGGCCGUUUGUGGCUCGGUCGCCUCGAGAGCGAAGCCGCUCGCCGUCGCCCUCGGUGCCUCUCGUUGGCCACGCGGAACAGAAUUACUUCCUCUCGCGUUUCUGUGCAAAGAUCCACCCUCUGGCAGACGCGUCGGGCCGAGCCGGACGCGCGGCCUCGCUCUCGCCGCUGUGGCAAGACGAGGCACUGAAGAGCGCAGCGAAAGAGAGCGCGUACCCCCCACUCGCUUUCCUCUCCAAACCGCUUUUCUCCGCAGGCACCGGACUGCCGUGUUUCCCAAGCGCAGAGAUCCUCGAAAACCUGGUGCACGCCGCUGAGGCUGCAGAAGCCGCCGAGGCGGCAGAGGCUGGAGCACCCGCGGGAAUCAGCGGCGAGGUGGAGACGAGCGGCAGGGCCCAAAAGGGAGACGGAACGGUUUCGGCGAGCUUGAGGCUCCGCAUGCGGGCGAGUGAGCUGCUGUUUGCCGUGCAGAAGUGUCUCCUUGCGGUGUUGCGAGAGAAGGUCGCGCAAGAGACAAACCGCGGGGGAGGUGUCGGCGGCCGGGGGCCCCAGCCUCUCUUAGAGGCCUUGGGUGCUCCGUGGGCAGGGAAACGACGCGGCGACGCUCUGAAGCCUCGCAAACCGUUCCGCUUGUCUGCCUUCUCUUCGCUCUGUUCCUUCUUCCCGCAUACGCGGGCUUCGAACUCGCCGGACGGGGCUGGGGUGCAUCUCGCUGGCCCGGGAACCUCCAGGCGGAGCGGCGUCUUCUCUUCUCGCUAUCCACCCGUGGAGGGCGUCGAUCUCUCUGCGCUGCUCGCAGCCGUCUGCGCUCCGGAGAAAAGAGAAGAAGAGUGGGAAGAAGGCCGUGGAGGCGUCGCGACGGUCUCUGCCCGGGGUGUGCGCUUCUCCCCCACCCCAGAGCCAGACGCCGGCGCAGGCCCUAGGGCGGCGGAGGUGGAGCUCGUGAGAGAGGCGAGGGCGCAUGCAGAUUUGAAAGCGAGAAUUCCGCCGCGGCCAGUGGACAAGUUCCGAGCGCCUCCGGAAGAGGCGGACGUUCUCGACAUGCUGGCUGCGCUCGACGGCUUCACUGUGUUCUCCACGCUCUGGAGUUUCCUCUCUUUUUCUGCGGACGACGCAGUGUGCAGCGGGCCUUCUCUGCGGGCACCUGGAAAGCCUGAAGAAAACGAGACGGUCCCCUCGCCUCUCGUCGCGUUCGGGGCCUCGGGUCUCGAGACGCAACUCACAGAACUCCUCGACCAAGUCCACACAAUGUGGCGAGUGGUCUCGAGGCCGCAGGCGCUGGCGGGUGUCUCUGGAGACCGCGAAAUCUUCCCGGGCGCCCUCGCUGUCUCCUCGCCCGCCUUCUUCGCGUGCUUCCCCGACGCCGCCUCGUCGGUCCCCGAAGAGACGCGGAUUGCUGCCCUCCUCGCCUCGACGCCCGACGUCCCCUGUCUCCUCCGGGUCUCUGCGCUGCUGCAUCUCAGCCUCCCACGCUUGUUCCUGAACGCCUUCCUGGCGCUGUUGAAUGCUUCGGUGGCAGCAGCUCACGCGCAAAGCGGCGCGGCCGCGCAGAGUGGAGAGCGCAGGCUCCCGAGAGACAGCCCGGAAGACAAGAAGACCGACGCAGACCCGGGUGCAGGGACACCCCGCUUUCUGCAUCCGUUCGCUUCGCGCCGCGUUUCCGAAGACGCGCCUUCGGCUGCGAGUCGCAGGCCGAGCGCCAGAAUGGAAGACAGAGACACGAGCCUUCGCCGCGAAGACGCAGAAGGCCCCACCCUCGAACCCGUCGCCCCCCUCGUCGCCCUGGCGCUCCAGAGAGCGCUCGAACGUCUUGCGCUGCGGUCGCGCCGGAGUCGAGAGUUCGACCCUGCAGAAGACCUCUCGGAACCCCCGCUGUCGUUGAGCGCCCCCUUGAGCGCGUUUCUGCAGCUGCCUCUCGUCCGUUUCCUCUCCAUUGGUUGCGCGUUGUCGGCCCAAAUCCAGCUCCAGGUCGGACUCCUCAAUGCGAGCUUCCCCUCGGUCGCGCCCGUCGUGACGCGCGAGUUGUGGGCGUCCCAGCAGCAACUGCUUCGUCACCCUCUGCCCCGAUGUGUGUCUCUGUCUCCGCGUCCUGGCGCGUCCCGUGCGUGGAUGGGCGACGCAAGUGCAGAUGAGAAGAGACGCGAAGCGGCGCUCUUCUCGGCGAAAACGCCGCUGGUUCUCCAGAGCCCGAGCUUCUUGGUGGAGGAAGUUGCGUCGCGAACCGUCGCUUCUUACUUUGCCUUCUUCGCCCUCCUCCUGCAGUCUGGAGUCGCGCCGCGAACACCUGGAGGCGCCGCCGCGCUCUUCAGCAGCGCCGCGGCGUCCGCGGCUCCUCUCCUGGACGCCGAUUCCGCGGGAGAAGACUUGUUCGAAGUGCGUGCGUCUCGAAGCAGAGACAGUUGCGGGCACGCUGUGGCCGAAGACGACAAAGCCCAGGCCCGAAACGAGAGCGAGCGGACAGCCGACUCUCUCCACACACCGCCCCCGCUGGGUUCCUCAUCGUCGCUCUCGAAAGCGCUCAGGACCGCGCACCCGUCGCUGCCUGAGGCGCUCCUCGACGCGGACUUCUUCGUCGCGCUUCUCACUCUCCCGCCGUUCCAAACCUUUCUACAUCCCGUCCGAACGCCCGCCUUCCUGCCGCUCCCGCCCUCGCACCCGCAAAGUGGACUUGCCUCAACUGUCUCCUCCACGUGGGUGCCAGCGUACGAGUCCCUGACGCUGUCGCGGUCCUCAGAGGCGUGUCGCAGCGGCGGCUGGGCACGUCAAGAAUGGACAGAUUCGUCUCUGAAGGUUCGGCGAUCGCCAUCGCAUUUGCUUUUCUGCCGCCUUCUCGGACUGCUCGCUCUCGGUCUUCGCCAGCUAGGGCCGUCGUCGUGCUUCGCGCCUGCUGCCAGUUCAGCCGAGCGAGCGCGGCCGUGGGAAGACCGCGCCGGAGACAGCGGGAAGCGACAGACAUGGGGCGAGAAGGCGAGAGCGGAUCGCGAGAGACGACGGGUUUCUGGUCUUCUGCGAAGUCUGCAGCUCCUCGAAGGACGCAUGCAGUUCGUUCUUGGGCCACACGGCUUCGCCCAGACCCCGCAACUGGCCACACUUGAAGAGGCGGCGUUCUUGCUGCUUUCUCUCGUCGACGGCACUUGCGUGCUGAGCCCCGUCUCGCUCUUGGAGUGUCUCGCCUCUCAGCCGCCUCGCUAUUCUGCUUCGUUCUCUGCGCGCGUCUCGGGGGCGAGUCGCGUGGCGGCGGCCGGCGAGGAGCGAGAAGGUGAACGCAGGAGGGGCGGGAGAACCCCGUUCCGUGCGACCGCAGAGGAGAGCAGGCGACGAGCCGGCUGGGCCGAGGGCCUCUUCGCGGAAGAUCCGCGCAGCGAAGAGGCGGGAGAGGCGCGGCGCGCGGCAGUGCCCUCGACGUUCGAUCAAAGAGGCAUCUACCUGGUUCUUCAAAUCUGCAACAGCACCGUUUCGGCCUUUUCAAAGUUCGGCUUUCUUCUCCCGGUCUCUCACACCUUUCCGCCGCCGCCGGCCUUCUUUCUUCCGGGGUGCUCGUGCUGCGCUGCGGCGCCGUCGCGAGAAGCUCGCCUCGUGGACUCCUCGCUCUGGUGUCGGCGUGUGCGGGUCAUUUCCCCCAAGAGCUAUCGUCGCCUCAUCACCUCGCUCUUUGCGUCGUCUCAGUGUCCCGGCGAAGGCGAGAAAGAGAAGAGCCAUUCCAGGCGGGGCGGAACGAAGCAGGGCGAGGGGAGACACCUGGAAGGAGGCCGAGGCGAGUCUUCGCCUUCACCCUGCCAAGAGCGAGAAUGUGGGCGGGAGAGAGAACAAAGGAACAGUCCGCACGAGGAAGAGGAGGGACACCCGCGUCGGAGUGUGGGAGAAUUGGAGAUUCCCCCUCUGGAGCGCGAGGACAACGCACCUCCAGCGGACGAGACCGACUCCGAGAAGAGACUCUUCAGCGAGAGACGCGAGACCGGAAUCCGCCGCGGCUUCCUACCAGCUGCUCACGAGGUUGCGCAAACACUGGCGGCUCUCGUCGAUGUUGCGAGGUCUUUGACGAAAAUCCUCGAGGAGCUGUCGCGGGAGGAUCGAACGCCUCCGCUGGCGGUUCUGACAGCGAGCGACCGGCGUUUUCUUCCUCUGUCUCUCUUCCUGCGCUGCGAGGGGCCGUACAUGAACCGCGUCUCUUCUCUCUCUUCUUCGCCCCGGCCUUCCCAUCGCCAUUUGUCCACAGAGCAUCCCUCUCUCUUGACUUCCGCUUGGGCGCGGAGCCCAACCCCCGGUUCAGUGUCUCCUUCGCAUAGCAGCGUCUGCGGAGCGGGGCGUGCGAGCAGCGUGGUGAGCCUGACGGCGGGUGUGUUUUUGAACGAGGAGACUCCGCGAGAAGUGGGGCGACGAGAAGCGAAAGAUAAUGGCGGAUUCAAAGAUGGAGCACGAAUCGGAAGAGACGCAGGCUCCGCCAUCUCCACGCGUCGCGGCGGGAGCACAGAACGACACGCAGGCGGCGCUGCAACGCUCUCAGCCGUCUGCGCUGUUGGCCGACAACGUGCCGAGCAACGUCGAAGCCUGCAGCACCGGCGGCGCGGCUCGCCGACUGUCACGGCCUGUCGUCUGGAUCGCGUCGUCUCACGCGGGCGCCUGAGCUUUUUCUCUCAGAAAGACCCGCUCUGUCGAGGGGGCGGCGAGCGUGUGCCUGUCAGCGCUGCUUCGCUGCUCGGUUCUUUCGGCGUCGGCGAAGAGGACGAAGAACUGGAAAUCGUCUGCCCAGAGCUGCUGCUGCAAGACGCGCUGUGGGAGCUCCUGCGAGACACGGUUGAAAAGGCCAUGGCAGCGGGAACGGAGAUCGUUAACGCGUUUGUGGCGCAAAAUAUCUUACGACCUUACGCAGACACCGCGAAGCAGUUCCUGCCGCUGCUUAUCCAUCUGGGUGCUGUGUCUGGACACCCGUCGCCUUCCCCCCUUGCUGUCGCUUCUUUCCUUCCCGCUGGAGCUGCUCACCUUCUGCGUCCUUCGACUGGAGCCGAGGCGAGGGGCGAAGAGGCUCCAAGAGACCCUUCAGGGGCGACGAGCCGGAACUUUUACGCGACGCUUCUCGAGUAUCUGCUCAAGCGCUACGCUGUAGAAGAGAGGAUCUUCGAAGCAACACAAGGAGUUGGUUUUCCGUUCCUCCUCGAUCUUCGCGGCGACGCGCCAGAGAAAGGGGGAAGCGACGCUGAAAGCUAG